AAUUGUUGAUGCUGUAUGUUUUCAUAAUUUUAUUCCAAAAGGUGGUUAUGUUCCCAGGUUAGUGGAGGGAUCUGUUGUAUAUGUAAUUCAGUCUGGUGUAAACUGUAAAUGUCUUGAAUUACUCCGUCCACGGACUCCUUGUUGCGUGACAUUAUGUCAGUGCACGCUCCGCGAACUGUAUCGACAUGGAGGCGGCGGCAUGCUCUUGCUAGGUGCUGCCGCCUCAUCUUUCUCAGUCACACAACAGAGAACUAGGUAGACGGUGCAAGGCAUGAGGUUGUUGGGUGUUCUGGCCGUGGUACAGGCGCUAUGUGCCUCAGUGGUGCCACCAGUCAUCUCAAGAAUCUUGGCCCACAAAUCUCCUCUCGGAAUCACAAAACUGGAUGGUCUGAAGGAGGAGCUGCAGACCAUGGCACGUCGUCAUGUGACAGACAACUGGCGUAUACAACGUACCGAGGGGAGAACCUGGGGACGUGGAAGCCUCACCUCCGCCUAUCACGUCUUAAACCAAAUGUCUGGUAUUACAAAGCCGGACACUUCGACCUUACUCAGUCACCAGCUGCAGCAAGACUUCCUCAAACUACUGACAGUCCGCGUGAAUAAUUCAUCCCCCGGUAUUGAAACGGUGCACCCAAGGAUGAAGAGGGAGGACCGCGGUGUAAUGUACCUUCCCGUGAGAGGUGGUGGUGCUGGUGCCGAUGCUUGCCCUUCCUACGCAGAUACCGUAUCCGCCUCCCUCACGCAGAUGGCUUUCGCUUCUGUAGCAGUCACCGUCUUCAACACAGUGUUUAACAUCGUGAACAACAUCAACAACAAUAACAACAACAACAACGUAAACAACAAUAACAACGUAGCAAGUAACAACGCCAAUGCGGCGAGCAACAACAACAAUGGGAAUCAGGUGGAUGUGGUGCUGCCGCCGCCAAUAGGGAGACGUCGACGCCACGACCAUGCAGACGUUUGGACGAAACCCCCAGCUGCCGGAGAGAACCUUAUUUAUGCCUCACACAGCAGGGACUCUCAUCUCUUCAUUCGCGGCAGCAUCGGGAGUAUGGAUGGAUGCUUCCCUCGCAAGACUUACGCGCGUGUAGCCCUUGCCACUCUCCGCGCCCUGCAGGACAUUCUUCAUUCUCCAGUUGUGCUUGGACAGAUCCCAGGUGCAAGAGAUAGGGUGUGUGUUCCUCACUGUGAGUGAAGGACAGAAACCCUUAACAAACGGAGGCGUUUGGUCCAGUGGGCGAAGAGCUGAUGAACGUUAGCGGG